CCGCAGCGCCGCGGCUCUGCUCGCUGGCCGCCCGCUCGCGCUCCUGCCGCUCCCGCCGCCCGCCGGACCGCGCGCCCCGGCUCGGCCCCCUCCUCGCCAGCGGCCGCCGCGAGCCUGCCGAGCGGGUCCCGCCACCACCAUGCGGGGCGAGCUCUGGCUCCUGGUGCUGGCGCUCAGGGAGGCUGCCCAGGCGCUGAGCCUCCAGCCCGCGGCAGGUCACGAUGAAGGCCGAGGUUCUGGAUGGGCUGCCAAGGGGACCACCCAGGGCUGGAAUCAGAGAGCUCAAGAAAGCCCCAGGCAGGUGCCGGAGCCGGACCGGACCCAGCUGAGCCAGGACCUGGGUGGGGGCACCCUGGCUAUCGACACGCUGCCGGAUAACAGGACCAGGGUGGUGGAGGACAACCACAGCUACUAUGUGUCCCGGGUCUAUGGCCCCAGUGAGCCCCGCAGUCGGGAACUGUGGGUGGAUGUGGGUGAGGCCAACCAGAACCAAGUGAAGGUCCACAGGAUCCUUUCCAACACCCACCGGCAGGCUUCGAGAGUGGUGUUGUCCUUCGAUUUCCCUUUCUACGGGCAUCCUCUGCGGCAGAUUACCAUAGCAACUGGAGGCUUCAUCUUCAUGGGCGAUGUGAUCCAUCGGAUGCUCACAGCUACCCAGUACGUGGCCCCCCUGAUGGCCAAUUUCAACCCUGGCUACUCCGACAAUUCCACAGUGUCUUACUUCGACAAUGGAACAGUCUUUGUUGUUCAAUGGGACCACGUCUACCUCCAAGGCCGGGAGGACCGGGGCAGCUUCACCUUCCAGGCAGCUCUGCACCGUGACGGCCGCAUUGUCUUCGGCUACAAAGAGAUCCCCAUGUCCGUCCUGGAAAUCAGCUCCUCCCAGCACCCCGUCAAAGCAGGCCUGUCAGAUGCCUUCAUGAUUGUCAACCCAUCCCUGGACAUACCAGAAUCACGUCGAAGGACGAUCUUUGAAUACCACCGGGUGGAGCUGGACUCCAGCAAGAUCACCAGCACGUCGGCCGUGGAGUUCACCCCAUUGCCAACUUGCUUGCAGCAUCGGAGCUGUGACACCUGCAUGUCCUCAGACCUGACCUUCAACUGCAGCUGGUGCCAUGUCCUGCAGAGGUGCUCUAGUGGCUUUGACCGCUAUCGUCAGGAGUGGUUGGCCUACGGCUGUGCUCAAGAGGCAGAGGGCAGCACGUGCGAGGACUUCCAGGAUGAGGACCACUACUCGGCCUCCCCUGACAGCUCCUUGCGCCCCUUGGAUGGCGACCUCACCACCACCUCCUCCUCCCUCUUCAGUGACAGCCUCACCACGGAAGAUGACACUAAGUCGAACCCCUACGCAGGAGAUGGUCUCCAGGACAACCUGUCCCCAAAGACAAAGGGCCCCCCUGUGCACCUGGGCACCAUUGUGGGCAUUGUGCUGGCUGUCCUCCUGGUGGCAGCCAUCAUCCUGGCUGGCAUUUACAUCAAUGGCCACCCCAACUCCAAUGCUGCACUGUUCUUCAUCGAGCGGAGACCUCACCACUGGCCAGCCAUGAAGUUCCGCAACCACCCCAACCACUCCACCUACACUGAGGUGGAGCCCGCAGGCCAUGAGAAGGAGGGCUUCGUGGAGGCCGAGCAGUGCUGAGAGCCAGGCAGGAAAACCCAGGACGGCCAAAAAGAUGAGUUGUACAGAGCGGAGAAGUAACUUCUGCAGGCCUUGCCAAGCAUACCCUGGGCCAGGAAGAGGAGAUGGUGGCUUAUGGUGCCCAGUUGCAGUUUAGCCCUCACACCCCAGAGGACGAGGGGGCAGAACAGCAACCAUGUGGGGCUUUUAAAAGAACGAUCACCUAAUCUCAUCCUGUUUAAUGCGAGGGGUCUCCCCUCUGCUUCUCUCGAUGACCUCCGUAGCUGUUCCAGAGCUACCUCCACCUGGAGGCGGCCUUGCGCCCUGCUCCCAGCCUCGUGAGGCUCCUGUGUAGAACACAGGUGACUACAAAGCCUGGGGCAGGAUGACUGCGUUCCAGGGCCAUAGACUCACGAGCUGGUCCUCCUGGCUCUGGAGGCAGCGGACUUAGCCCAGGCUUCUGUGGCUCUGGAAGCUGAAGAAGGGGUUCUCUCCAUCUGUGAAGCUCUAAGCCCUUAGGACAUGUUGUCAUGGGAGAGAAGCCAAAUAAGAGGAAAGAAAGAAGCUGUGGGGAAAUUUGCAUCUUCAGACUUCGCUCCCUUCCCUUGCCCUUUCCUGGGAAACCCAGGGACUCAGCAGCAGAGCAAGCGCAGCCUGCAGCCCAGGCUUUGCCCUCGCCUGUGCCCAACCUCCACCUGGCCGGCCUGGGUGGGUAGCCGUGUGUACCAUGUGGGGCUCCUUUUUCUGGCAAUCUGUCUGGUGCCCAUCUUACCCACUGACCUGUACUACUGUCAGUGCAGUAAGUACCUCCAAAGGCUGAGCUUGCUUGGUUCAUAUUUUUCUUCCUCUGAACUGGAUUUCUAUAGCCAUUAGGGACAAAUGGGGGGGGGCUUGAGGACUGGUUGACACCCACCCAGCAGGGAUCUUCAGUUAGAUCCUGUUGAAGCAAAGAUGCCAGGACAGGUGGGACAGAGGAAGCUGGCACAGGAGGGAGAAUUUUCUACAUAAGACCUUGACCUGGAAAGUUCCCUCCGUCUCCCCUGCUCUGCAAGAAGUUUUGGGGGCAGGGAUUUCAGACUCCCUAACUCAGCCUGGUUUAUAGGGAAGAGUCAGGGUUUCUUCUGAAGUGCAUUGGAAAUUAAAAUCUAGAACUCACCCUCAUUCGAAGUUAAAAAAAAAAAAAAAAAAAAAACCAACAGUAAAUAAAUGUUAAGUCACCAUCUCCAGUUAGUCACGCCCUUUUUGUGCAGGUCACAGAGAGGCUGCAAAGGAAAAGUCAGAGUACCAAGCAAUUCAGUGUGGGGGAGGGUAGGCAGUGCAAAUAGCCAGACGCAUCCGAAGCCUUGACUGAUGGUUUUCCAGCGGCUCCUUGGUGGUUUAUCUGCAGCAAGGACUCUAAUAACAAGCAGAGUCGGCAAGCUGGACCUCAGCCCAGCUUCACAAACAGGAGAAGGGAGAGAGGUGGGGGAAGGGGAGGGGAUUUGAGAAAGAAAAACGACAAUGCAGCAGAGCAGAGUUCUUUGCAAACUCCAGAAGACAGAAAGAUGGGUAGCUGCUCUCCCAACAGUGACCUGGCACCCAGACCUCUAGGAUGGCCAUGUGUCUAAAUUGGCCGGCGGGAAGCUCCUGCGGUGGCCUAACAGUGGGCAGCACCAUUUGCCCCACUCCCAAACUCCAGCAUACUUUUUCCCAGUCAGCGUUCAGUCACCCAUUCUGGAUUCCUGAAGGGAAAGAACGCUGAGAGUGGAGGAGUGUGCAGUGAGGUGGGACACCUCUGUCCCCAGCCACUGCAGAUGGAGAAAGGAGGCCUUGGCCCUGGCCAGAGCAAACCCUGCUGACCCUGGGGUGUCAGUGGCGAGGGCAGUGAAGCUAUUGGAGAGCAAAAAGAACUGAAGAUGUGUCACUGAGAGAGGCCUCUGGACAUAACAGCCCCUGGAUUUCUCAAGCCAAAACACUUAGACCAAGGCUUCCAAAACACAGAGCCAAGCACCUCACAGUUGAUGCUGGUCCCUGGCCAUGCUUGGGGUCUCUGAAAAGAUAAGUAUUUCUUAUACAGAACCAGGUGUUUGACCCCAAGGUUCAGAGCAGGUUAACUGGGUAGCAGUGGUGAGCGAUUUGCUUCAAGAGUGACCAGAGGGAGACAAGGGUCUCAGGGUCACCACUCGGAGUCUGACAGACAGUCUGACUGACCGUCGAGCAAGGUGAGGGAGUACCUCAUAGUCUGCACCACCAACCAGACUUCCAGGCCUUUCCACUCUGUCUCCAGGGACAACAGGUGACUGGCAGGUGCCUUCUCUACAUGGUGUAUUUGGGUGUCCUAAGGGGUGGGAGUCCAUAAAAGCCCAUCACUCAACAGGAAGCUUCAACUCCGUGAAAUAGGACUGUGAAUUUGUCCAUGUUGUCAGAGAUCAGAAGGGUUUUUUUGUUUGUUUGUUUGUUUGUUUGUUUGUUUUUUAUCAGAAGGUCUUAGGCUCUGUUUUAUAUCAGAACCCUUAAGAGAGCUAAACAAAAAAUGGGAAUAUGAAGACUGCAGAAGCCACCAAGUUCAAGAGGGCGCCCAGAGUCAGGCUGCGAGCACAGCCUCAACCCCCUUCAUUUGGCCACUCCUAGAUCUGUGGAUUUGUCCAGGAAGCACCCUGGGGUUUCUGAUUCUAAGACACAAGUCAUGUGAGUCCAGCUGUCAACCCCAGCACCCACAGACCAUAAUUAGGUGUCACCCACCUGGGACACUAGAGGUCACUUGUUCAGGUCUCAGCGUGAGCCUGAGGUAAAACAAAACAAAACCAAAAAAAUUGUCCUCUAGUCAUUAUGAAGGUUCUUGAUGGACCCAUGAAGACAAUGGUUUAAAAUUGUAUGUUUUAUCAGGGCUCCCCUGCAUCACACAUUCCUCCCUCGCACACAAGCACACAGACACACACACAUACACACACCCCGUGUGUGCACGCACACCCACAUAUUUUAUUUCUAAAAAAUCAUUGGGCAAGGCUGUAGCUGUGCUCAGCCCUUGCUGAGUUUGUUAAAUUAAAACAAUGGCAAAAGCUGCCAGCCCGCCACGGUGUUCCAAACGCAGCAUUCAUCCCUGAGCCGGCCAUUCGUCUGGCCGUAGCCAGGGUUGAGAAGGUCCCAGGUCCCAGAACAGGACUCAGACUGGAGGAAGCAGGGCUCAGGGGCUGCAGCCAGACUCCCUGGCCAUGAGCGCCUACACCAAAAGAAUCAAGGUCACAGAUCAAAUGCCGUGUGUUUCUCUCAACAAAAACCUACCUGAAUUUAUAGCACAUCAAGGAGGACUCAGGGCCUAGGGGGACCCUCGCUGUCCUAAAAGGAAUAUAUUCUCAUACUUCAUAUGAAUUCCCAGUGUUAAUUUUUUAAGGGCAACAAUCUCUUACAACCUCUGUUGUGUACAAAAGAAAAUGCGAAGGAUUUGGUGUGCACAUGCCUUGGUCCUGAUGACUGACUGACAUCUUCACCAAGGACCUGACCUUGGGAACAUAUGGACAUCCACCAGACCCCGGUCCCUCAGGGUCGCUUUUCCCAACCUCCUGCCCCAGCUCCAAGAAAAGUAUUUUGGGAAACAACCCCAGCUAUUUACUUAUAUUGGGUUUGUAAAUCCCUGGAAGUCAACCUCAUGCAUUUUUAAUCUACUAUCUAAAGAUACAAAAUAAAUCUGAGUAAGUUGA